UAUUGUUAGCUAGGAGGAAGACAUGGACGGUUCAACGCUGACACAGAGGAGGGCUGAGUGUCAGUUGAAGGAAAGGGAGAUCCAGACAGACUACAUGAUGGAGCUGGGAGCCAGGUUGGCUCUGGUGAGACAGAUCCAGAGGGAGCAGGAGAAGGAGAUGAAGAGGAUUUGGUUUGAGACGAGGAAAAUGCCAAGCCUGAUUGAGGAGAAUGUGAGAGAUGUGACCAACCGUCCACUCACUGAGUUCAUGGCUCCCUGUAUUGACUCCCUCCCACCACUGGCUUUCACCAAUCGGAGGCCUAUACCAACCAUGUUGCAUCCCCCCUCUCCAUUGGCCAUACGCACUCAGGAUGCACAGCGGUUCAUUGUAUUUUCCUACUUUGUCCCUGCUGAGUGCCCAGUUUCCACAGAGGCCACUGCAGAUGUAUCUGCUGGUAAAAGAGAGGACUUGUCGACAGAUACACAUCUAUCCUCAAUGCUGCAUCGAUACCUGCCACACUUCUUUAACGAUGACUCCAUUCCACCACAGCAGACAGUAGAGGGAACCACUGAGGACUCAGAUGCUCCAGUGGCAAUAUCUAAUAUCAAGGAAGAGGACAGAUUCUAUCCGUUCUCCCUCCCACCACUGGCUCAGCGGCUCAUUGGCAAUUCAUUCAAUGUCCCGGAAACAUCCCAGCCUGCUGUUUCAGCCACGGAGUGUCGAGUUGCCACAGUGGACACUGCAGGUACAGCAACUGUCAAGAGAGAGAACCGAGGGGCAGCUAGAAUUCUUCCUUCAGUGCUGCCUCCAUGCCUGCCACCAAUCUUUGACGAUGAUUUCAUGCCUCCAGAGCACAAAGUAGAGGAAUCCUAUGAGGUCUCAUUUGUUACAGAGGCCACUUCAGGCACAGCUACUGUUGAUGGAGUGGACAGAUCAGCAGCUAAAUGCCCUGUCCCAAUGCUGCCUCCAAGUCUGCCACGUGUCUUUGAUGACAAACUGCCAGAGGAGGCAGUAGAGGGCACCAGCAAGUGUCCAGUUGCCCGUGAAACAACCAAUGAUGUGUCCACUGUCCUCAAAGAGGACAUGGCAGGUGAUCAAAGCCCUCCUGACCCUGCAGCACUGCCUCCAAGCUCCCCUGUACCCACAACAUUGACCACAAACUGA